CUAAAUUACAAACUCAGAAUUUAGACAUUUUCUGUCGUUUUUUGUUAAGUGGGGUUCAGUUUUACUUCUGUGUACACACUGUUAACGUUAUUUGUUUGUCUUCGUCUGUUUACAUUUUUUAAACCUACACUGUACGUUAACUCUACUGGAGGAGGUGGAGACGCUUUUGACGCUGGCUACCCACGUAUCUUAAAGCUAAUCCGUCCAUUUUAAUGUGAGUUUAAAAUACGUAUUCAGGUUUUUGGCUUCAUUGGCUAAGUUUACAUACUCUUUUCAGCACACACGCCCAUCCUGGAUUGAACUACGACCGCCUGCUCCAUUUCUGCUCCAUUUCUGCUCCAUCCCCCCACUCGCAUUCGCCACUUCCGAGUGUAACUAUCGUUAACCUUAGUCUGCUCUGGGCGGGACUGCGCCAGGAUGACUCACACGUAUUUACCAACACAGUAACGGAUAAUCAUUAGCUAACUUUGAUAAGUGGGUCCGUUGCGUUAUCUUUAAUAAUUGACCUCAGAUUAUGCUUUUGUUAUUGUGUGAAAUUUGGCUCGGACGUUUCCGAGUCAACAUCCUUUAAACUAGCUCUGUAAGACCUGCGCCAGAAGAGUCAGAUUCAAAGCGACGGCAUUUCAGGGUUAAAGGGGAACUCUGCCGAUUAAAGCAUAGUGAUAGUAAAGCUAAGUUCAUUGGAGAACUUUUAGCUCCUGUUGCUCCCUUUGACCAGAAGUCAGGACGGGAGACGUGGACUGUAGCUUUUGCACCUGAUGGUUCCUAUUUCGCUUGGUCUCAAGGGCAUCGCAUCGUGAGGCUUGUACCGUGGUCAAAAUGCAUAACAAACUUCUCUAUGAGGAAGGAGGAGCGGAUAAAUGGGGCUGGGCCCAGGCGGUUGUCUCGUCAGGGCAGCGAGGGCACCCUGGUGCCCGGGGAGCCCAGAGAACACACCAUUGACUGUGGUGACAUUGUCUGGGGGCUGGCUUUUGGCUCCUCCGUCCCUGAGAAGCAGAGCCGAUGUGUGAACAUCGAGUGGCACCGCUUCAAAUUUGGCCAAGACCAGCUGCUGCUGGCCACAGGUCUCAACAAUGGCCGCAUCAAAAUCUGGGAUGCAUAUACAGGAAAACUUUUGCUGAACUUGAUGGAUCACACAGACAUUGUGCGAGACCUAACGUUUGCGCCGGAUGGCAGCCUUGUGCUGGUCUCUGCUUCCAGAGACAAGACACUACGUGUCUGGGACCUCAAGGACGAUGGUAACAUGGUGAAAGUGCUGCGGGGCCAUCAGAACUGGGUCUAUUGCAGCGCCUUCUCACCGGACUCAUCGGUGCUGUGCUCGGUGGGCGCCGGCAAAGCGGUCUUCCUGUGGAACAUGGAUAAGUAUACUAUGAUCCGUAAGCUGGAGGGCCACCAUAAUGAUGUGGUGUCCUGUGAGUUUUCUCCUGAUGGAGCCCUACUGGCCACAGCUUCCUACGACACCCGCGUCAUAGUGUGGGACCCUCACAUGGGCACUGUGUUGCUGGAGCUGGGGCACCUCUUUCCUCCUCCCUCUCCCAUAUUUGCUGGGGGAGCGAAUGACCGCUGGGUUCGCUCCGUGGCUUUCUGUCAUGAUGGCCAGCAUAUUGCUAGCAUUACUGAUGACCGAUUGGUGAGAUUCUGGAGCAUAGAUGAAAAGUCUCCCCAGGCCAUUGCAUCGCUCACUAAUGGUCUCUGCUGUGCCUUCUCCACGGACGGAAGCAUUUUAGCUGCUGGUUCGCGUGAUGGCAGUGUGCAUUUCUGGUCAUGUCCGCGCAGCAUUGCCAGCCUGCAGCAUCUGUGUCGCAUGGCACUGCGGAGAGUACUGACCACGCAGCAGGUCUACACGCUGUCCAUCCCUCAGUGUAUGCAGGAUUACUUGGCCUACAGGAGCCUGUAGCCCUGUGCACCAGUGAGCAUGAGACUGCGCAAUGACAAACCAAUGAGACAUUAUUUCUAAGAAGAAAGAAAAAAAAAACAAAAAGGAAAAUGAACCAAAAAAAAAGACUGAGAAAAAACAGAAAAAAGAAAAAAAGGUUUCUUCUGUUCACACAGACCUCAUGCUGUGCUUAAUGAGGUCAUUGUUUUGUAUUUAUUUUUUUUAAGUAUUAUUACUGCUUGCAGAUUUGCCUCUCAGUACUUUUUUUUUUUCUGCCAAGAUAGCUGCACCCUCACCCAUAUCAGGCAGUGGCCUUUAGACAGCCUUAUCAGUGUCACUUUUUAAACUUUUUGUUCUUUCAUCUUCCUUUUUUUUCCAGCACAACCUCUUGUACGAAACCUUACAAUGCAACUCUAAAGAACAGAAGACAGUUGGAAUCUCCCCUUUCUGUCAGGAGAUGUGAAUAGCUGAUAAUGAAAGCUGAAAUGGUGGUUUCUCUUAGGAGUAUCUGAGAGAAGUGACCACCGGCAGUACUGUGAGUUGAGUUAGGGAGGUAGCAGAGGAAGGAACUCUGGCCUUAAGUGCCGUUGCUCAUCUGGUCAUAAAUAAAAGGAGUGAAUGGUCUUUGUAGACGUAGAUGGGUGUGAUUUUUAGUGCGUUUGGUGUCUCUUUUUAGGAGUGCAUUUAGUAGAUCAGGGACGCAGGCAGUGCCUCCCCUCUGUGUGCCUCUUUAGUAGAAAAAAAUUCCAUACGCUCACGUUCACACUCGAAUGCUGCCUCAAUAACAACAGCCUUCUAUUCAUCUCUGCAAAACCUGAGAAGAAAACGUAGUGAACUCAUGGAUACAUGGAUAUUUUUUUCCUCUUCGAUUUGUGUAUUUUUACCUGUACAGAAAUUUGUAAAGACAUGUCAUGUUUUAUGUGCAUUUGUGUAUAUAUAUAAAUAUCUAAAUCUGCUUUUUUUUUCAUGUUUUCCUCCUGAGUCUAAGACUGAAGGAUGCUUGUGUUGCUUUGUGCAUAGCUCUCUCUUGUGCUGUGAAUCUUAAGUUGAAUGACAUGAAUGUCACAUGUUUAGAAGGUUCUAGAAGGAUGAGGGUAUGAGUUAUUAACAAGAAGGAAUGUGUUCCCUCUCCUCCAUGCAGACUGAAGCUUCCAUUAAGGUCCUGCCUACCUAUAUUUAUUGCAUAUUUAUAUGUACAGUAAUUGUUAGCCAUGAGUCAGAAUGCUCCUGCAUUUUAUCUUAAUCCUCUGUUGAGCUUCUCCUGUCUGAACAGGGCUAGCAUGGUGUCAGUGGAGAUGGUUGUCCUGUCUCAUCUACCUCCUAGAUUCGCUUGAGUAACAAUUCAAAUGGAGGCUCAGAGCUUAUUCACUAUAAGAUGAUGGGAACAUUAUUAGCUGUGCAGUCAUCGAUUGUAUGGGUGGAUGGAUCUGGUGUAAUGUUUUUCAGUCUGUUUUAGCUGAUGGAAGUGAAGAAAAGUGAGAGAUCAGUAUAAGGGGAAUGGUUGCAUUUAAUCUUUUUCUUUAUCUGCAGUUAAACAAUCUUGGCAAUAACUUGCAAUUGUAACCGUUAAAGCUGAUGCCAAAGACCUUGGUUUCUUUGUCAUAUUUGGCACUCAGUAUUUUUUUCCCUCUCCCUCCUUCGCUCCCGUCUAUAUCUGGCUGAAACUUGAAAAUCUAAUGCAUACGUCUUAUGGCUGUUUUUUUUAUUUUAUUCCUGCUCGUAAAAGAAUGCUAUGUAAGAAUAGGCCUUCUCUUUCCAACGUAUCUAGGAGGAAUGCGUUCAAACUUCAGUGCACUCUCAAACAGUCAGCUGCUAUAGCAUGAGGUAGUGGUCGUCAAUUUAUUUCAAGCUCAAAAUGUUCAACUUCUUGUUCCUCCUUCGCAAAUAAACAAUUCUUACAUAAUGCUGUACACAAUAGUAGCAAUUGAAGUAGUCAAAGGAAUGUACUUUUUCUGUUUUGUUUGUUUUUGCAUUUUGUAGUUGAAAUAAAGGCUUCUUUCAAAUGAAA